CAAGAAACCGAAUCCGAAAUUUACUUGACGUCAGGAACCUCGAUUCGGGUUCCGUCGGUCGGACAUCGGAUGUUCUCGUAAAAAUUCUCAUAGUAAAGUGAGAACGUUGGAAGCGUAUAGUUUGUCAGUUGAGGUGCAGUGUGUGUGUUUUCAGUGCUCGACGUUCGUGUAUUUUCGUUAGUUAACGUAAAUAAACAAUGAAUGUGAAUGUUUUGUUUCGGUAGAGUCGCUUGGUUAGGGUCUGUACGGAAAAAGCGAGAUCCCUAACCGAGACGGUCGCGAAACGUGGAAGAAUGCGCGAGAGCGGUUAAUGCAAUGAACAACGGCCCGAGGCCUCCCGUGCCGGGCCUAAUUCCGAUAUCAGCAUUGCGUAAAAAAUCCGUGAACGAUUAUUACAACAGUCACCUGGACCAGGAUUCAUCCCCUCAGCGACUUGAUAGUGGUGGUGGUGGUGGUGGUGGCGGUGAUUCGGUUGUCGGAAAGGAGGUUAUGGGCGAGCAGCGCUCACGACGGACGGGAACGCAGGCUCCGGCUCCCGUCGACCUGAUCGAUACCGCGAGGUCACGUGGUCCCAGUGCUGGGCCGCAAGCGCCGAACAGGAAAACAAAGUCGGAACAGCGUCACCGUAAAUCAGAGAAAAGACGUGAACACAAAAGCGUACGUAAUAAACGUUCUUCUUCGUCCUCUGGUGGUAAACAAAAGUGGCGAUCUUCCGCAGAAAGACCCGUCAAUCCGCGAGUCAAUCCAAUUUUCGUGUGGGUGCGCCAAGAAGAUACACGCAUCGUGGACGUGAAAUGCGAGGAUUACGACAAAAGGAAUCGAAUCCUGCUGACCAAAACCGCUCAUGGUUGGCGCGCCAUCCCCCGCACCGAGACCUGGGUGCCCACUCUGAAGCAGUCGACUGACAACGAUAUGAAACGAGCGCGGAAAGCUCGUAAAUCGAAUAAAGUUAAAAGGAAAUCGACAGCUGUCCAAGUAGAGGACGACAUUGACGGUGAGGAAUCUCACGAUCCUACCAUACCUAGUUCUCCUACUUGGACUUCUUCUGGUGACGUAGAGUCUCAUUUACCUUCCCAUACUAUACACGUAAAUAGGCAUUGUUCCAGUUCUCCUGAACACCAUCAGGUAAUCGAACCUUCCAAUGACAAUUUACGACUCGAUGCUACCUCAAGCUACCCCGAUAAUAUUCAACCUAAUAAGAUGAGUGCAACCAGUCCUCUAGAUAAUUUAUUAGCCGUUGCUGAAUUUGAAUUUAAUCAGAAAAUACAAUCAGGCGAAUGGAAUGACACAAGUACAAUAGACACAUCGAUAUCGUCUCCCAUCAAAGAAGACGUCAGUGAAGAGAAAAUCCCAGAAAACCAAAAUACCGAACCGAAUCCUGUUGACUUCCUAAUUAAAUGUGACUUGGAAGAGAAAGAUACCCCUAAGAACGAUGGUCAGGAAAAGUACUAUAACGAUAAACGAAAAAGUGACGAAAUAGAUUACGACGAAGAAGAGGAAAAUAAUUUAGCUAUGACCGACAUAUUGGAUAGAUUGGAGCAGUCUCUCCGCACACCUGAGCCUAUAUCGCCAGAAAUACCAAUAGAGAAUCAGUGCUCAGUCAAGGAAUCACAGAAGGACGACGCAGAUGUUGAACAGGAGGAGGAAGAGGAAGACGACAAAGAAACAGAUAAUUGUACUAACGACAUUCAGUAUGACAUUCCAACGGAAAGCGAAGAAAAACCUCAAGAAGAAGAAGAACAAGAAGAAGCUACUGAAAUUAAGGAGAUCAGUGAACCAGAAAGUCCACAAAUUGAGAAAAUACCUGAAGAGCCAACAGAUUUAACGAUUCGAUCAUCUGCUACUUGCGAUGUUCAAGAAGAAGGCCCAAAAGAUUUGCGAACCACAAAAGUUCUUCAGAACAGUGUGGAUUACGAAAAAGCAACCCCAACCGAUCUACGAAUUUCGACCGACAAGGGAUUUGUUUGCUCCUCAAGCCCAAGGCCAUACUCAAGAAGUUCAGAAACGGUUCAGUCCCCUCAACCUAGCGGUCUACCUCCAGUUCCUCCAUCACCAGACGUAUUUCCCCCUUUCGGAAACGGAAAAAGUAAUCCUAAAUCAGUAUUUUUAGAAACAUUGCUUUCAUCCCCACAAAAAGAACUACAACCGCAAACAAAAAUUGAAAUGCAAAUGGAGCCUUUAGAUUUGGGGAAAUGUAGAAAAUCCGCUAGUCCAACGGUUACUUGCUCUGAAGAAGUAAACAAACGUACUUUCGCGGAAGCAGAUGAAUCUGAACCGAAAAAGAUUAAAGUAGAAGCCAUUACACUUAAGAAUAUACUAAGCGCAGAAACGGAAAAGUCUAAUGAGAAGGAUCAGAUAAAAGAAGACGCUAGCGGAAGUCCAUUUUUAGAGCAGUCAAAAUUACUUGAGCUUCUCAUUACGGACAGUGAAGCAGAUCCAGCUCUCCAAUUGAAACAGCUUCAACUUGAUCCUUCAGUUGAUUUGCCGGAUCCUCUUUUAAUACCUAAGGAGAAUUUAAGUCAAGUAUUAAUGUCACCUAAGAAGGAGAUACUUCGACUUCUUACUCAAAGACCAGAACUAAGACUUCCCGAUGCUCUCUCUUUUCCUCAUCUGUUGCAGGACCCAAAUAUAUUAGUAAUUACUUUAGCACAAUUGCAAACGAUUAUUCAAAAACAAAGCCAAGUGUUACCUCCUUCUUCUUGUGAAGAAAAGAUUAACAAGAAACCUGAUAAUUUUCAUAAGACGAUUUCCGACAAAAAGCCAAAACCAAAACAAGAAGAGAGGUCCAAGAAUGUAAAGUUAAACCCUUUAGUAGAGGAAUCAAGUCGAGUGAGAUGCAAUUCGCCCAAUAAAAAUUUUUCCCGUGUAGAAGAAACGAGAAAUGACAUGUACAGUAACGAAUCACUGAACCAAAUGAUGUGGUUGCCAUAUCUGCAGCAACUAGAAGCUGCAGCCAUAGCUUUUGGAGGAGGUUCAGAUAUUCUGAAGGGUUUUAAUUUUCCAUUUUUAUCAUUACCAGGAAACCAACUUCCUGGCAUGGGCCCUAUGAUUGCUGCAAAUAGAUUUCCUCCUCAUCCUCAGGCAUCAAUUCCCUUCCAACAACAUUUUGAUUACAACGCAUUAUUUGAAUAUCCUAAUUGGCAGGAAGCGUUGCACCAAGCAAAUUAUUUAAGGUCGAAAAAUCAGUUUGACCUUAAUACGAAAAGCAUGUACGGGGGGCAUCCAGAAAGGCAUCAUGACACAUUAAAACAACGAUCCCAUACGACAUCACAAAAACCAUAUUCAAUAAACAGGGGCUACAGUUCAUCGAUAAACAACAAAGGGAACGUUUUGGGGAAUUAUAACACGUCAUCGUCGUCGAGAGAACAAGGGAUGAGACCCAGUUUACAAAUUCCGCAAUAUCAUCCACCAAAUCCUCCAAAAAACCAAAUGCGAAAAAAUUCCGCCAGCUUUCUGAUGCAACCAGAGGUCGACUCAACGGUGCCACCAAAACAGUUGAUAAGAAAUAAUUACGACAGCGGUCAUAAAAACGUAUUCGCUCAGAACAUGUUCAGUCACCACUAUCCGGACGCUAGUACAAAUGAUAAAGUUGGUUCUCAUGAGAAAUCGUUACAACAAAAAAUGGUCACUUCGUAUGACGGUUCCAGAAAGGGAAAUUCAGAUUCGUCUAUGCAACCCAUUGAUUUGACAACAUCUCAGGUUACAAGCAAUAAAACUAGGGAUAGAAAUCAUUACGAAACCUCGAAACACCCGAAGCAUUUACCUAAACAGGACGAUGUGCCGGAAGUAGGAAGUACUACAGCCAGUUUAGAAGAAAUGACCGCACAUGCGCAGGACUCGCAGAAGUACUUGUGGCAUCCACUCUUUGGCAAGCAAAUAUCAACUCAGUACAUUCAAAGAAAAUUUUUGAUCUUCGAUAUCUUUUCUACUGAUUCCUAA